AUGAUAAAUGCUGUGGUAGACUUUGAGAAGAUGAAGAAGGGACAGUCUCUGAAGAGUAUGAAGAUCAUAGUUUUCCAAGCAGGGAUGAUGACCGACUUUCACAGGAGCCUGAAGACAAAAGAAGGCACAGUUCAGCCAGAGGAGAAGAGAAUAUUCCCAAAAAUAAAAGCAACUGACAGAAAACACAAGUUUGGAGGUACCAGUGUUCGACCUGAAGUCGAAGAAGGUUUCACCAUAGUAGGAGAAGAGUUCACUCCAGCCAUAUUUCAUUUUUGCGGAGAGAGCCAUGAGGAGGUGUCCAAGGCCAAGAAGUAUGUCCAGGACCUCAUCAUGAAAGAACAAAUGGAACAUACCAUCAAGGACAGUUGUAUUGGCUUAUUCACUCAGGAGGACUGUAGGAAGCUUCAGGACCUGCAGAAGAAGUUGACAGUGAGCAUUCAUCUAGAGAAGCGAGGCGCUGACUCCAUCAUCCAACUAGAGGGCCUCUCCAGAGAUGUUUUGACAGCCAAUGAUAGUAUUAAGGAAAUGAUGCGCAAGGUGGAGAGUUUGGACAGACGCAAGCGUGAAGCGGCCCUUGUGGGUUCCAUGGUGGAGCAGCAUUACGCUUCCGGAACAUUCAUUCCUUUUGACCCCUUCACCAAUCUUGCCCUUGAACAGGCCUUUGAUAACCGUUGUGCUAAAGUUAAAAUAAACAUCAAUAAUUUGGAACAUACGGCUGAUUUAACUUCUAAGGAAGCUGUCAGUGGAAGACAAAUUGUCAAGCUCAAAAGAAAAGAAAAGAAAGCUGCAGAAGGUCUUCCGGGUGAUUGGGAUGACAUGAAGGGUUCUGAACUGCUUGAAGUGACCCUGGGAACCAGCUCUACAGAAUACCAACGAGUAGAGGUCGAAUUCAGGAAGACCGGUCUACGCAACCAGAUUAUUAAGAUUGUAAGGAUCCAGAAUAAUUCACUCUGGAAAUCUUACGAGAUCAGGAAGGCUGCUGUAGACAAGAAGAACAAACACAGCAAUAAUGAGAGACGGCUUUUCCAUGGGACAUGUGCAACUACCAUCUCUCAGAUCAAUAGCCAGGGUUUCAAUCGCAGUUAUGCUGGCAAAAAUGCUGCAGUGAUAGGCAAUGGGACUUACUUUGCAGUGGAUCCCAAGUACUCAGCCAGCCACACCUACUCCAAGCCUGAUGCCCAGGGGCACAAGAACAUGUACUGGGCCAGAGUGCUGGUGGGGGACUUCACUCGGGGGUCGGCGGGUCUGGUUGCCCCCCCAGUCAAAGCUUCAGGGAAUGUUUCUGAUUUAUAUGACAGCGUUGUGGACCAUGUCAGCAACCCACAAAUGUUUGUCACAUUUCAUGAUGUGCAGGCUUACCCUGAAUACCUGAUUACCUUCCACUGCUGCAGCAAACCCACCGAGAUCACAGAGUACCUGAUCCAUGAGCCUCUGGAAGGUAGCCGGAUCCCCAUGCAGGCCAAAGGCAUGAACGACAGACUGAUCUGGGACCUGGACCUCCCACCCCCCAGAGACCAGCAUGCCCAGGGGCUCCCAGAGCGACACCCUAGACAGUCCCACAUGGGAAGGGGUGCCCAGGAGGACACAGGCCCCCCUGGCACGGACGAGGCCCCCACCCCAGCAGCGAGCCGCCUGGAACCCCAAACCCCACCCAGCACCCGCGAGGCCCUGGCCACCUGGCGCCCCACACCCAGGCUGCCAGAUCCCCCCCCCGCAUCCACCGGGUAG